CAGAAAAGCCUUCAAACGAACUUAGGCCGUUGCAAACGCGUAGGCUACAUUGUAAUACAGCAAGCAUCGGGUAUUCGUUAUCUUCCUCUUCACACGGCAUCUUCCCUCUCUCGUUGCCCCACUUUCCUCUUUCUCUCUCUCAAAUCGUCCAUUACCUAACCAAAAACCACGCCAACAAAAACAAAAAUAAAGAGGCAUCAAACCUCUGUCUUCCAACCUAAAAAACAUGUUAAAACUCUCUUCAUAGAAACCAAAACAAAAAGCAAAAGCCAAACAAGUCAUAAGGAAAAGACACGAUCAUUCAUAUAGCAGAGGAUCAAUAGGAAGGAUGAUGAUGUUACGGUCGCUUUCCAGGCCGCUUGAACGUUGCCUUGGGGUGAGGGCUAGUGGGGAUGGUCUGAUGUGGCACGCUGACCUUAAACCCCACGCUUCCGGUGAUUACUCCAUCGCUGUCGUGCAAGCGAACAGCAACCUUGAAGAUCAAAGCCAAGUCUUUACAUCCCCUUUUGCCACCUACGUUGGUGUCUAUGAUGGUCAUGGCGGCCCUGAAGCUUCCAGAUUUGUCAACAAACAUCUUUUCCCUUUUCUUCACAAAUUUGCUACAGAACAAGGGGGAUUAUCUGCAGAUGUGAUAAAGAAGGCAUUCAAUGCUACUGAAGAGGAGUUUUUACAUUUGGUGAAGCGAUCAUUGCCUCUGAGGCCUCAAAUUGCUUCAGUUGGAUCAUGCUGUCUAGUUGGUGCAAUUUCAAAUGAUGUGUUAUAUGUGGCAAAUCUUGGUGAUUCGAGAGCAGUCCUUGGCAAGAGAGUUUCAGAGGAUAAGAAAAAUAUGGUGGUGGCAGAGAGGCUGUCAACAGAUCAUAAUGUUGGAGUUGAGGAAGUCAGGAAGGAAGUUGAGGCACUUCAUCCAGACGAUUCUCGUAUAGUGGUGUACACCCAUGGAGUGUGGAGGAUUAAGGGCAUAAUCCAGGUGUCAAGAUCUGUUGGUGAUGUUUACUUGAAGAAACCUGAGUUUUAUAGAGAUCCAAUCUUUCAGCAAUUUGGAAACCCUGUACCCCUUAAAAGACCCGUUAUUACUGCAGAACCCUCCAUCCUCAUUAGAAAGCUUAAGCCACAGGACCUAUUCCUGAUCUUUGCAUCAGAUGGCCUAUGGGAGCAGUUGAGUGAUGAAGCUGCUGUCGACAUUGUUUUAAAAAAACCCAGAGUCGGUAUCGCCAAGAGAUUAGUAAGAGCUGCACUUCGAGAAGUUGCAAAGAAAAAAGAGAUGAGAUAUGCUGAUAUUAAGAAAAUCGAAAAGGGAAUAAGGCGCCAUUUUCAUGAUGAUAUCACAGUGAUUGUAAUUUAUCUUGAUCAACACCGAGGCUUCUUCAAUAAUAGAGUUGAGCAAAAUGGCAUGGGGUGCACCACGGCACCUGUUGACAUCUAUUCCUUCAAUGCUGAAGAAGCAGAUGAUGAUCUGCUUCAAACAAUUUCUUGAAUGCAGCAGAAUGAGUUACAGAGUGGCACGAUGACUUGUCAAGUAAGUUUAUUUAUGUAUAGAAACCAAAUGAUAGGUGGGAUUGGUUAUCAACAUUAGUGUUCAUUGGAGAAAAUAUAGAGCUUGGAUAGGUGUAUGCUAAUGGAAGCAGGUUGCUAUAGAUUUUCCAAGCGAAGUUCUACCACACUCGAUUAUCUUUUUAUCUGUUGAUUCUCGUCUUUGCCUUCUUGAAGUUGAUAUCAAUGCAUCCUAAAAUAGAUGAAGGCAACAUUUCUUCAUUCUUUUUCUAUAUUCAUAGCAGUGUGUACGAUAACACGAUGUCGAUCAGAUGAUUCACUAAAGCAAUAAAGAGUGUUGUUAUCUUUGUUAUA